GGUUGCGCGAGUUCUGUCGCGUAGAAUGAGUGCCCAAGGGGGCGCGAGUCCUGCCCCGACAGACCCCUUUGGUCAUUGCAGCGAUGUAGUAAAACGAGGGGACUACGACGGUUAUCUCUACAGCCUUCUGCAGGGCGCUCAGUUGAGACCAGCAUCACUAGCCAUUAGAGCGUUCAACGUGGAGACUGCCGCCAUCAAGGACUCAGUCCGAGGGAACGUCAUGCCGGGGAAGAUGCGGAUGCAGUGGUGGAAGGACACGAUGGCAGAUGUAUUCGUGGGGGAGCCGCCGCCCCUCCCGGUCGCCCUUGCGUUAGCUGAGGUGGUCGCCAAUCAAAAAGGCGGACUUACGCGAAGAUGGUUCGACCGUGUGCUAGACGCAAGGAUGGCUGACUUGGAUAGGACGCAACCAGAAACUUUGGAGGAGAUGGAAACGUACGCCGAGAACACGGCCUCAUCCCUCUUGUACCUGUCCCUAGAGCUUGCCGGGGUACGCGCAGGGGCGGGGCCGGGCGCGGCAGCCUUGGGACACGCUGCUGGACAUGUGGGGAAAGCCGCGGGCAUCUGCACCCUCCUCCGGUCGCUCGCCCUCCCGCCCCCGCCGGCCGCGCUGAGCAGCGGAAGCAUCGGCUUCGCGGAGUCGUGCGUGCUACCCUCCGACGUGAUGCGGAGGUUCUUGCUCCGACACGCCGUGCUGGAGAGGGGGCCGCAGGACGACAAGGAGGCCCAUGCGCUUGCCGAGUGCGUGUUCGCCGUGGCCUCUGUCGCGAAGGGGCACAUCGAAGCCGCGGAGGAAGGUCUGGCAGCGGCACGGGAAGAGACGGGGGGCAAGCUUCCCGCCGGAGCGUUUGCGGCUCUGCUGCCGGGAGUUCGGGUGGCGUGGUACCUGGAAACGCUCCAGGCCUGCGGGUUCAACGCGUUCGACGAGAGUUUGAGACCUCAGAGCCCGUUCAAGUUCCAGCUGCGCUUGGGUAGGGCUGUGAUCACGGAGAAAUUUUGA